UCUCUCUCUCCUAUCUUUUCCUAACUGACUAUCAGCGACGAGGCCCUCCGCUCCGUGUCCUUCGGCACCGUCCUCGCUCUCCUCCUCACCCUCAUUGACCGCGCCUAGCGCCAUCUACACAGAAAUCGACAUCUCAUCACACUCGCUCCGCUUUCAUGAUUGCCGCCGACUCCUCGCCCAUCGUUUCGGGCGCGACGCCCGUGGCCGUGACCCGGGCCGCCUCGAACCUCUCGCACCGCAGCGGCGGCGAGACCGCCAUCGACAGCGCCGAUGACCUCCUCCACAAGAUGGGGUACGAGCCCGAGCUCGUCCGCUCCCGCUCGACCCUCCAGGUCGCGUUUAUGUCCUUCGUCCUCGCCUCGAUCCCCUACGGCCUCGCCUCGUCAAUGUACUACCCGCUGCAGGGUGGUGGUCCCGCCGUCGUGAUCUGGGGCUGGGUGCUCGUGUCGCUCAUCAUUCUCUGUGUCGCCGCGUCCCUCGGCGAGAUCACGUCCGUGUUCCCUACGGCCGGUGGCGUCUACUAUCAGACUUUUAUGCUUGCGCCCUCGAAAUUCCGCCGCAUCGCAGCGUACCUCUGCGGCUGGGCUUACGUUGUCGGAAACAUCACCAUCACGCUCGCCGUCCAGUUCGGCACGACGCUUUUCCUGAUCGCCUGUAUCAACGUCUUUGAGGUCGAGCCCGGAGUCGGUAUCUGGCAGCCUGAGACGUACCAGGUCUACCUCCUUUUCGUGGCGAUCACUAUCCUCUGCGGCCUCAUCACAAUCUUCGGCAACCGCUGGCUUCCCCUUCUCGACACCUUUGCUAUCAUCUGGACCUUCAUUGGUCUUAUCUGCAUUCUCGUGACCGUCCUCGCGGUCGCCAAGGGCGGCCGCCGCGACGGUGCCUUCGUCUUCGGUGGCUUCGAGCCCGAGACCACCGGCUCCGGCUGGCCUUCUGGCUGGUCGUUCAUGGUCGGCCUCCUGCACGCCGCCUACGCCACGUCGUCCACGGGCAUGAUCAUCUCGAUGUGCGAGGAGGUCCAGUCCCCGGCUACUCAGGUACCCAAGGCCAUGGUCGCGACUAUUUGCAUCAACCUCGUCGGCGGCCUCCUUUUCCUUGUUCCUCUCAUGUUCGUUCUUCCCGACCUCGCCAUGCUCGUCUCGAUCCCGUCGGGCCAGCCCACGCCGACCAUCAUCAAGUCGGCUGUCGGCUCGUCCCUCGGUGCCAUUCUCCUCCUUCUCCCCCUUCUCGUCCUCGCCCUCCUCUGUGGCACGGCGUGCACCACCGCCGCCUCGCGCUGCACCUGGGCGUUUGCUCGCGACGGUGCCAUCCCCGGCUCCAAGUGGUGGAAGACCGUCAACCGCAGCCUCGACGUCCCCCUCAACUCGGUGUACCUCGUCCUCGUUGUCCAGAUCCUCCUGGGCCUGAUCUACUUCGGCUCCUCGACCGCCUUCAACGCCUUCUCGGGUGUCGGCGUUAUCGCACUCACCAUCUCGUACGCGGCGCCGAUCCUCGUCUCGGUCAUUGAGGGCCGCGCCCAGAUCAACAAGCACGCCAAAUUCAAGCUCGGCAACGGCCUCGGCUGGUUCUGCAACAUCGUCGCCCUCGGCUGGUCCGCCCUCGCCGUCCCCCUCUUCUGCAUGCCCGCCUACAUCCCCGUCACCGCUCAGACCGUCAACUACGCCCCCGUCGUCUUUGUCGGUUUCACCACCAUGGCCGCCAUCUGGUAUUGGGUUUGGGGCCGCAAGCACUACGAGGGGCCCCCCAAAGACGACCUCGAGGACUCCCUCGGCCCCUCGCUGCCCCACACCGAGGCGCUUGCCGCCGGUGUCGCCAAGAAGGACUUCUAAGUCCUCCGUGCUUUCCUAUUUCAACAAUACCAUCCAUUAUAGUGUGGUUGUCGAGUCGGUUGUAUACAUCUUCAACAGGAACCGCGUGCAGCCGCUAGUAAUUAUGCACCAGGGUUAAUAGAA